CGGCAGCGACUCGGCCUGGUUGCGAUUCCCACAAUUGCUCCGCGCGUGUCCCCCAAUUGCGAGUGUGUGUCCUGAUCCGCGUUGAAGGAUAAUCGCCAGAGAAUUUUGAUUUUUAACAGCUGUUUUUGCCACGGACCCGGGAUUAAAUUGCAUCCUGCCGCGAUGAGAACCCUGCCAUUUUUGUUGGCGCUGGCGCUCUUGGCCUUUGGAGUUGCCUCAUCAUCAUCCUCUACCACCAGCACCACCACGUCGGUUAAGCCUAAAAUAGCUAAUCCAAAGGCUGAGUCCGAUAAACCCACCAAACAACCAUCGCCAUCCGCAUCUCCAUCGCCAUCUUCCAAGACCACAAACACCUCCACCACCCGGCAAUCUAAGGCCUUAAAGCCGGGCGAGAAUCGUGGAAAGAGAACGCUCUAUGACUUUGGAAAUGCCGGUUAUCUGUAUCCGGAAGUGGCAUCCCGGAGGGCUGGCUACGUGGACAACGCAGCGAGCUAUUAUCCCCAAAGUGGUUACUUCAAUGGUCAGAGUGCAGUUGCUCAAUAUCCCGGAAGCUUUGGACCCGCCUAUGCUCAAUAUCCUCAGUAUUUGGAGGCUCCAGAGCCCAUCAUCGAGAUCAUCAUCAAGGAUGCCAAUGAAACAUUAGCGGAAGAGCCCGCCCAGCCGAUUGUGACCAAGAAGAAGAAAAAGAAGGAGAAGGUGCACGUGUUCUAUGUGAACUACAAGAAGGAUCAAAACAACAAGUUGCAUCUGGAGUCGCCGAUUGCUUCGCUGAACAACGACGACAACGAGGAGGAAGAAGAGGAGGAGGAAGAAGUCAUCCAGUAUCCGGUUACGCCCCUGCCCCCGCUAAAAUCCACCACCCUGCGUACUAUUAUCCACCCGGACUCGGAGAAAUACCACAGUAACUCCGGUAUUCAUGUGUCGUUCGGAGCGGAGAACAAGCACCAGACCGGUCACAUUCUGGAGGAGCACGAUGCCGAAAGCAUUCAACGCCAAGUGGUGGCACUGCCGCCUUCGGUGUCCUCCAAAUCGGAGGGCAGCUAUGUGAGCAAUACCCGAGCGGAUUACGGACGAGAGAACAACUUUGGAUCCCGGCCAGGACCUAUUUCCAAUAUGCUCUUUGGCAGCAACUACCAACAGUCGGGUAUCAACUACCAGCAGCAACAACAGCAACUGCCCACGCAGCACAGCAACAACUACUUCAGGCCGCCAUCGGCUCUGGUGGGUCCUCCCCCCAACUACCCGAAACCAGCGCCCCAGCAACAGGUGCAGCAGCCUCAUCGCCCCAGCAUCACCCAGCAGCAAUUGCCCUCCACUUCCUCCCAGACCAUUUUCAACAAGCUGGUGCAACAGUCGCAGUUCUACAUCAACCACAAUCAGCAGUACCCACAGCAGCAACAUCACCAGCCGCAGCACCAGCAGCAGCACCAACAGCAGCACCAGCUGCAGCACCAACAACAGCAUCAGUAUCAACAGCAGCAUCAGCAUCAGCCGGCAACGCAGCAGCAUCAACAUCACCAGGCACCACAGCAGCAUCAGCAGCAGGCCCCGCAGCAACAACAGUAUCAGAAACCUCCGCAUAAACAGGUCCAGGUGCCAUUCUUUCCAACCAUUCCGCCAAAGAGCGUGACCCCUGCUCCCUACCAGCCCGUCAAGUUCCGCCCCACACCAGCACCUGUGGCCCCGGCCAAACCCCUACCUCUGCCCGUCAAACUGGACAAUGCGAACUACCAACAGCAGCAGCAGCAACACUAUCAGCCGCAGCAGCAACAGAAAUUGCCGCAUCAACAGCAAUCUUAUCAGUUCGUUCGUCAACCCCAAUUUGUGCAGCAGCCACAGUUUGUGGUGCGUUCACCCACUCCACCCCCAGAAUACUACUCCCAGCAGAAGCAGCAGGCGCAGCAGCAACAUCAUCAGAGCGCUCUCAACUAUUUUGACAUCAAGCCAUCAAAGGAGACGGAGCUGCUUAAGUCCAUUCCCAAGUUCGAGCAACACAUCACAGAGACCGUACAGAAUCCAAUUGCUGCCGCACAGCAGCCACAGCAGCAAUAUCAUCAGCAGCAGGUGCAGCAACAACAGCAGUUUGGAUAUAGCAGCACGAGGAAUGAGGUGAUCCACGAUGUACCUGCUCCCAACUUGGGACCCACGGCUCAGCAGCACAUCUCUGGGCACUAUAUAACGGCAGGAUCAUCUGGUGUCCAGCAAUCGCAAUUCGGCAGCUUUCCCAGUGCAGCCCCAACGCAACCUCCCGUCUACGCAGAGUCCACUCAUGGCCAGAAAGUGAUGGUGGUGACCCCAGUGCCCCCAUCCUCCAACUAUGUGACCUAUAGCCAGUACUCCCAGACCGCUAAUGAGCCUGUGGUGCACAUUAAUGCUCAGUCUGCGGCUCUGCAGGCUCAGGCCAGCACCAACUUCGCCCAACAGCCCAGGCAGCCUGCCUCAUCUCUGAUCAGUGCUCCAUCCACGGAUAAUUCGCCCUUCAGUGUAUCCACCUACCACUCGGACGUGUUCAAGGAGCUGGAGCAGCGCAACCAGAAGGAUAAGAAGGUGCCACAGCAGGUGCAGCAACAGGCUCAGCAAAUUGCUGCAGCACCGGCUUCUGCUUCUGCUCCCGCUCCUACUUCCACUCCUGCCACUGCUCCGAAUGGCAAGGCCUCGCAGACCUUACUCCAAUUGCCCGACGAAGUGCCAGAUGAUCUCCGCCAGCAACUUUUCUCCUCCGGUAUCCUGAACAAUGCCGAUAUCUCAAUUUUGGACUAUGACAAGCAGGGGGAUAUUGCCCUAGAGAACCUGCCCGCCGAGCAUCUGCAGCACUUCUAUGGAGCCGGAGGUGGUGCCCAGAUUGCCGAGACCAACAAGGUUUUGACCGUGGUCAAGCCCAAUGGAGAUAAGGUGGCCCUCAGCGAGAAGCAGCUGGAUCGCGUGAAGCAGACGAACUCUCUGCCCCAGAAACAGGAUCUCGAUGUAAAGGUGGUGCGCUAUGAUGCCGCUCAGGGUCAGAGUGUGAGCGAUAAGUAUGUGCGCACCGAUGCCACCGUGGUGACCCCGGUGGAUUUGGCCGAACGGCAACAGUACAACCGCUACCUCCCUCUGAAGAUCAACGGAGCACAAUUCCCAAUUCCCGACAGCGAGGAGCUGCUGGGCAAGCGCAUUGUCAGCGUGGUAGUCCUGGCUCCCGUGGAGGCCCAAAAUCCUGGACAGGCGGCUGGUGAGGCGCGGAGCGCUGAUGGCAAAGAGGUCAAGUUCCUGGGCGGUGAGCUCAUCAAGACGCUGCUGAAGAAACCUACUAAAGAGAACUUCAAGCGCUGGCUGGAGAAGGAAUCGCGUACGGACUUGGAACUGCAGUCCGUCGUGCUGCUGGUGGCAAAAUCCACAGAUCCAUCCGCUGAGCAGGAGAUCUUUAUGUACGACAUUGGAACGGGCAGCAUAAACCGCCUGAACGGGGAGUUAUCCAGCACGUUUGUAAACGUGGCCGAGGAGAACGCCAGCAGCGAGGAUCUGGAGCACGCAGCCACAUUGGACCACAGUUCGCUGGAGUCCAUGAUGCAUCUGCGCCGCAGAUAGACAUCGCGAUCGAGUCGAGUCGCCGCAGUCCAAACAAAUGCCAUUUAGCUACUCAACUAGACAUGAUCAUCGUGUGCCCCUGAAAGACCCUCUGGACUUUAACUUCUUCCUUAGUUUUGUUUCUUCUCUUUUCCUGAACUGUCCUCAGGUUGCACAUUUUCCCUGAAAAAGAAAUCGUUUCAUUGAUCACGGCAUUGCAUUCAAUCCUCUCGUAGUAUUUCCAUUUUGUAAAUAUUCUAUGCUGAUGUUACAAUUAUCGUAAUUUAAGUUAAUUUACGUAAAAAUAUUAAAAU